UGCAACAUGAGCUUGCUCUUCGUCGUCUGAGCCCGCAAUCGCUUGCAGGACUCGGACAACGAGAAAUGGUGGUUGAUGUUCGCCGACGACGAGGUCGCGGUCGGCUACUGGCCGUCUUCAUUGUUCGCCGGGCUGAGAGGGGCAGCGACGUUGGCGUUGUUCGGUGGCGACGUCUACAGCCCGAGGAUACAUGAGAAGCCGCACACAACCACCGCCAUGGGCUCCGGCGACUUCGCUUCGUACCACUGGGGCACCGCGUGCUGGAUCAGCAAGCCCCGAAUCAAGGACUACUCCGGCGAGUACAAGUACCCGUAUCCUUUUGGGACGCUGAGCACCCAAACCGACUGCUACAGCGCCGAGAACUACGCAGAGAUCCUGUGGACGGAGCCGCUCUUCUACUUCGGCGGGCCCGGCAGGAAUCAUCCCUAUUGCGAAUAGAACGAACACUUGC